CAAUUUGAUUGACAACUGACUGAUCAUCAGAGUCUUCUGCUUGAUAUGACUGAUUAUCCCAUCCUUCAAAAGAAGGAAUAUUUUUUCAUAAAAUGUAUUUGUAAUUAUUUUUAUUUACAAUAUAUGUUGUUACAAUCCUCUGACUCCUAAUACAUUAUGUUGAAUGCAUAACGUAUAGGAGUACAAGAUCUAUCGAAUUAAAAGUGAAAUGAUAUCACGUUGAAAUCUGUCAUUGUAGUCCACUAAAAGCAUGGGUUCGAUGCGACCGUCUGGGAGGUUUCUCUCGUUCACCAACAAUAUACAGAGAACACAGAAACAAACUGUACCAAGUGGGUUUCCACAAAGUUUAUCAGGCAGUGAAACAGAUGUAUCAACAUCAAAUGAAAACCUUUCCCGAGAGGAGCGAUAUGUUGUCCGCCACACAGCUCGUGUUGAACCACAAGGACAGGAAAACCAAAGCCAGACAAAUAAUAACAAUAACAGGAAUUCACUUAAGGAAAGUGUGCCAGGCAGUAAUCGUAAUUCCUUGAAAGAUUCUGUAGGUGGUGGGAACAGUAACCGAAGCUCUCUAGAUGUUUCCUCUUCAUCAUACAACACUCUCAUCAUCCACAAUCAAGAUGACUCGUGGCCGCCCAGACCAACACCUAUUCGAGAACACGAACGAUCUGGCAGUGAAGUAAAGCACCCAACCACACAAUCGUCUCCAUACCACACAUUGAAGAAAAAUGAAGUUGGCAAAAAGCCAAGUGGAAUACCUUUACCCAAAGUGCACAAAGAGCAGACAGUCAUCACUUCAGCGAAUUAUAUUGAUAUAGGGGGUCAGAGGAUCUAUACAAGCCCUCCGGACCAUGGAGUUCAGGAAAUAACAGAGAUCCCUGAUGACUUUCUCAAUCAAUCGUCUGUGUUGAAGCAUCUCGCUAAAGAGGUGACCCAAUCUCCAAGCCCUCGCGGCCGUACCCCACCGCCGUCCCCUCGCGCGCCCGUUCCUAGGGACGACUCCAGGAAACCAAAAGGCAAGGCUUCCAAGGCUAAACUUAGCAAGGAGAAGCUGAAUUUGUCAAGAUCACAACCAGAUUUGACAAGCGUGGGCGUGGGCGUGGCGGCGGGCGCGGGCGCGGGCCCGGGCGUGCGCGCCGUGCCGGGCGGCUCGGAGUCGAGCGGCUGGUGCAGCGGCGGCGAGGCCGAGCUGGACGAGCCGGAGGACGCCUUCGCCGCCGUGCUGGACGCGCUCGCCGCCGAGAACCACCAGCUCAAGCGCCAGCUCGUCGACGCCUGCGAGCGCGUCGCCAAGACCACCAAGCUCGAAGAAGAAGUGGAAAAGGUCCGCACAGCUCACGAGGAGCUGGUGGGAUCAUGCGAGCGGCGCGAGCGGCUCGAGCGGACGGCCCGCGUGCGGCUGCAGGCAGACUGCCGCCGCCUGCAGGAACUCAACCGGGCGCUCAAACAACAGGUGGAGUUUUUGUCGCAAGGAGUACGCACCGAGUCUGACAGCAGCGCUGAGGCACUGCGCAAGGAACUGCAGAACAGGGAAAUGCUAAUUGCUCAGCUCAUUACACAGAAUAAAGAGCUGGCAUGCGCUAAAGAACGACAAGAAAUCGAAAUGGCGGCCCAACGCGCCACACUGCAAGAGCAGCGCACCCAUAUCGAUAUUUUGGACACGGCACUCACCAACGCACAAGCGAACGUCGUCAGGCUCGAGGAAGAGUGUCGCCAUGCGAGUGGUUACGUAGAGCGUGUUAUGGGCCUGCAGAGAGCGCUAGCGUCACUGCAACAAGCUUCUGAUAGGCGGGAACAUACUGAGAGGAAACUUCGUGCACAAUUAGAGAAAGAGUUGCAGACUUUAAGGAAGCGCGAGUGCACGUGCGGCGGCGCUGGCGGCGUGGGCGUGGGCGCGGCGGGCGGCGGCGAGGCGGAGCUGCGGCGGCUGGUGCGCGAGCGCGACGAGCGGCUGCUGGCGCUGGAGGGCGAGUGCGCCAAGUGGGAGCAGCGCUACCUGGAGGAGGCCGCGCUGCGCCAGGCCGCCGUCUCCGCCGCCUCCAUCCCCAAGGACGCAAAAAUUGCGGCAUUGGAGAAGACAUCGGCCGAAUCUGAACGAUUGAUGGCGGAAGCCCGCAACGAGAAAAUACGACAUAUGGACGAGUUACACUCCGCACAAAAGAAGGUCGCAGAUUUGGAGAGCAGAGUGAAGGAGCUAGAAUCGAAGGUGGCUGAGCGCGACGCGAUGAUAAAAGUGCUGCAGAAACAUACGAGCGCGGCGUACGACAGCGGCGCCUCGCUGCGGAACAACUCGAGUCGGGAAGAACUGGUGGGCCUGUCGUCGGGCGCGUCGUUCUCGAGCGCGGAGGGCGUGAGCGGCGUGAGCGCGGUGAGCGGCGUGAGCGGCGUGAGCGGCGGCAGCGUGGCCGGCCGCUACCGCCACCUCGCGCGCCGCAACUACUCGCCGCACAACGACAACUCCAGCGGAUGCGGAUUCGACAGCACGUCGCUGCGGCUGGACGAGCAGCUGGCGGCGCUGGAGCGGCCCUCGGUGCCAGCUCGAGGUUUCUGUUGUUUCCCCGGACUGAGUACGGUGAGUGCCCGUGGUGGUGGUCGCGGGGAAGAGGCGUUACUUCUUGAGCGACAGGGCCGGGCGUCCCAGCAGACCAGGUCAUCCAGUCUCCCGCCACCGCCGUCAGCUCUACCGCGACCACCGAGGAAGCCGUCUGCUAGAAACACCAGAUAUGACAGACUGGACCAUAGGGAUGCUCGGAAGGACUCUGAUGGGUCCGGUUCCAUAGCAUCGAGCGCGUCUCGCAGCUCACCUCUACCGUACGACACCGUCCGGAAGUUACCGUCAGUGCCGACUUCCGCCUCGUUACCAGCGGCCGAAUCCCGGGAGUCUCUCGUCCGUCCUCGCGACUCAAGUCUUCCAUCACCAUCGAAAUUAGCUGUGUACGCGGCGGCAAGGCGGCGCUCCGCUGAAUCAGCCAAAGAUAAUAAACGAACACACCAUUAUCGUAUACAAUUUUAAACACACAUUUAUUAAGCAAUUGUUGAAACGAUUUAGUAUUAAAAUUUCGAAUCUGCAUUCAGAUAUUUUACGAUGGAUUAUCGUUAUAAAAAGUCUUUGAUUGCUUUUUUUGCGAUUGUGCGAAUUUCGAAUUUAUAAUUAAGAAGUUUACCAUAGUACUUCAAUAAUGCCCAAUGCUGGGCAUGGAUAAGUACAAGGUAAAGUUAUUAAAAUUCUAUUGUACGAUACGGUUGUGAAAAGGUAACGAAAAUAGUGUAAAUUAAUAACGUAAAAAGUAACCUAAAAUUUACCUACGUAUUUAAUGUAGGUAGGUAUUUCGUAAUGAAAUGAUACACUUAUUAAAUUUAAUAAUACGCAUUUCACAUUUUUAUACUACAAGUAAGCACGGGUGAGAUUAACUAGUGUCAUGAACAUAAGAAAUAGGAUUGGCCAAAAGUACAACAUAGGUAAAAAUAUUUAUUGUAUUACCAAUAGAAAAAAGAACAAUUACGUGCUAAAGGUACUAUUAAAUCCACUGAAAUAAUGUAUUGCUUCUUCUAAUGCAGUGUUUUACAAAGUAGACGCGACUCCCUGUGGAGUCCCCAAGUCUCUGUCAAGAAUUCGCGGAAGAUCGCGAAUUCGUAGAAAAAGGCAUCGUAAUCAUGUUUUAGGUAUUCCAUUACGUAACUAUUUAUUUCUUUGUAUUUAACCGAUAUUUAACUAUAAAAAUAUUAAUGUGCGAAUUUGAUAUUUGUAAUAUAAUAAAAUAUAUAUCUACAGGUUAUGAGUUGCGGAGGGAUAGGCGGUCGCAAAAUUUUGUAUAUUAAGGAGGUCAUACCAUAAACAAUAUUGCUGCAUUACAUAUUAGAAUAACACGUUACGAAAUAAAUUUGCUUGUAAACUGUUAUUUCCCUAAUUUUCUUUAAGUACAUUUCUAUGAAAAUUGUAUACGUGCAUUUCUUUACUUUAAAAUGUACAAAAAUCACGUUUUAGUAUGUAGUCCAUCUUUGAAUUAAAUUUCAUUAAUAUCCGUUUGUGUGUGAUUGUGUGAAUUGAGUAACAAACAAAUAUUUCCAAAUAUUUCAAAAUUUCCACAUUUGUAAAUAGGUAGAAUAGCAAGUACUAAUGUUUAAAUUUAUCACAUGCGGACAUUUUAUUUGUUUAUAGACAUUUAUACUAUAGUUUUUUCCAUAAAACUAUAGGUGAAUAAAAUUAUUCUUUUUUGGCUCGGAUACAAUAAUAAUUAUGCGUCUAUCUCGACGAUCGUUGCAUCUAUUUCGAAAUGAAAUUGUUUGUAUCACGGUGGUAUCGGGUUUGUUGCUAAAUAGUGGUAUUUGUGUGUAUUUUAUUUUAUAUAUUAGGUUUUAUUAACUAUAUCCCGUGUCUUUGUCCCCAUAAAUAGUAAAGUAUGUAUAUUAAUCCAGGACACGGUGCAUCCGUGUUCCAAAUUUCAUUUAAAUCCGAUCAGCUGUUAAACGUGAUCGUGUUACUCAAUAUCCAAAUAUUUAAACGUUCGAAUACCUUUACAAGCUUUCACAUUUAUAACAAGCAUUAAGUAGGAAUCGAAUUUGCCUGAUGAUACGAACUGAUCCUGCGACAGGUUUUAUAGUAAGUUUGAAUUUUCUGUCGAUAUCAAGCGGUACGACGAUAAAAGGUUACUGUGAGUAGGUAUUGUAAUAAACAUUUUCUCACGUACAAUUAGUAGAACACAAAUGGAUUUAUUUUAAAUAGUACAAGUCUAUCUGUUAAUUACCACUGCAAUAACAGAAGUUUGUAAGUAAAUAGACUAGAUAGAGAAUCAAGGUAAAAUCUUAACUCUUCUUUGCAUAUUAGUGGAAAUUUCCAUCAUAACAUUGAAUGCUCAAAAAUUAUAUAAAAGAACAAGUUCACUUAAAGUUGAUCGUGUUUGGAUAACUUUUUAAUGUCCACUGCAAAAAAAAAACGUAGCUGUUAAAUUUAUUAUUUUAACCAUUUUUCCUUUAAUUUUGAACAUGAAUUAUAGCACCUUGAUUUAUUUCAUCAAUAAAAAAAAUCAUGCAAAGAAGGGUUAAUUCUAAACAUCCAUUUUAGAUUAUAUUCGAUUGUAGUAGAAAGUGUAACUUUUUUCGUAAAGAACCAAGACGGAUCGAAAAAUGAUAAAAACAGCCUAGUCCUGUAUAAACAGUACGUCCAGCUAUCAAGAUUUUAUCAAGCAUGGAAUGCUUUAAAUUUUUUGUUAUUUUGAGCCACGUUUUUCUAGGAAAAAAAAUAUUAUUUAUAUCUACCUUUGUAUUGCCGAUUUCACCCAGUAUAUACCAGUAUUCACGUAGUACCUAAAUAAUUUGUAGCUGGCUACAUAAAAAGAGAUACGCCUAGUAACAAUAGCAGCUUAGAUAAUUCAGAAACAAUCGUCAAAAAAUUCCUAUUGUUUCGGUUCAUUUCUUGGUAUGUAUUUAAUAUAAGUAAACAUUCUCUAAUAAUGUAACUGCUUGUAUUUUCGUUUUUAUAUUAUAUCCAAUACAGAAAUGGGGUUUCUUAGAAAAUAUUACAUUUUAUGGGUUAAAUUAUGAUUUAUUGUAUUCAAUAUUCAUGUAUGUACAAAUAUUUUUAUUCCUGGAAUAUAUUUAACGUCAAUAUGAAUAUUUCAUAGAUUCGGCAUUAUCCGUGUCGUCCCACUUGCUUAUUUGCUGCCUACAUAAUAUUGUGCGAAAAUAUAUUGGAGAUUGUAAAUUUACUGGUUUUUGUUUGAUUAUAUAAACUGUAUAAGUAGUUAGGUACUUUAAAGGUCAUUGCAUGUGGGCGUAGCAUUGUUUACUCACAUACUUGUAAUAUAUUAAUCAAUGUUACGAGAUGACACGUCAGAAUACCUACUGAUACUACGUUAUUUUUAAAACUUAUGUUUAUUUUAAACAUAAAUUUAUAAGAAGAAUUUAAUGAACUUACUAAAUUUAUCUUUCCGACAAUUGCUUCGACUUUACAUGGAAGUGUAUUUAUUCGUCGUUUACCUUUUUUUAAUGGAAACGAUAAAUAGGGAUGAAGUUCAUUAAAUUCUCGUUAUCCCGUCAUAUAUUAUGACAUUGCGUUUUUUGAGGAAUCUUCAUGGAUACAAUAAUAUAUAAUGUCCUUAAUAUUCAAAUAUAGUCAUGGCUUAUCUGGAGUUACAGAAUGAUGAAAUUGAUUCGAAAGCACCAUUGUCUAUCUCUGAAAUUAAAAUUUCAAAUUGAUAUGAUAGCGAAACGGUUAUUAUAAGGACCAAAGUUUUUAAUAGAAGCACUCAAGAACUGUUUUACAUUUAAUUUUCGAUGGUCCAUACCAUAAUAGUUACGCCAAACUAUCAAUUUUAAAUUGUAAUUUUAGAAAUAUAUUUAGGAAACGGUACAUUAGGAUCGCCCCCCCUGACUGUAAUGUAUGCAGGUGAAAUCGUUGAUUAGCAUCAUUUUAAUACAGCGUUUCAUCACUGCUACUCAAUAUUCACCCCAAGAAACAUGGAUUGUUAAAUGUUAACAAAUUUUGAAACUCCUAUAUUACACGGACGAUACUAUAUUAAUUAUUAACUUGGCGGGAUCGUCUGCUAUUAAGUUUAUAACGAGAGUGUUUAAAUUAAUUUGUCGUUUCUAGAUUCUUAUUUUUUUUUAAUGAAUAUUCAAUUUUAUCGGCAGAACAAUACCUUAAAAAAUGUUAAUUAUUUUGAUUUAGAAGGAAGAAGAAAAAUUUCACCUGUAUUUAUCGUUAUGAUAUACAUAAUUAGGGGGCUAAAAAUAUGUUUUACACGAAUAAAUGUCUAUUAGAUUUUAUCAUAAAUUUCGUAUAAUCCGUCAAUGGAAUUGUAUAAGUAUACUCGUAUUAAUAUUACACCUUUAGUGAAAUGUCAACCAAACUUGGUUGGGUGUACGAAGAAUUUAUGUACUCGUUUUUUAACCCCUCUGAUAUCUUUUUGUAAAGCCGCCUGUUACAGUUAUUUUUUCUUGUACUUCCUUAUUUAUUGUUUGCAACGUAAUCAUGGAUUGAAGUAAAUAGACCCAAUGGCACGGUUAUUUAAUUACGUGAAACAUAUUUAUUUUGCCCCGCCUCCUCCCUUGAUAAAAUGUGGCGGGCUCUUACAUGAGAUUUACUAUUGAGAUCUAAUUUGAUAUAUCAAUAUUUUGCUUCAUUCCACUAAAUGACUUCAAUAGUAAUGUCUAAUCAAUGCACGAAUUUUUUUCUGUGAAAUAAAAAAAAAGUUGAAGUAAGAUUUUUAUUGAUUCCUUCUUGAUAAAUGGUAUUUGGUGAGAUUUCACCAAACUUCCCCCAAAUUUCAAUUUUAUGUAAUUAAUGAAUAUCCUUUAAUUAGUUAUAUUUCGACAUUAGCAAAAAUUAUGAAGAUUCUCGAUUCAGUUUACCGACGAUUAAAUAUUAGACUUCAUUCCAUUUUCAAUCUUUACUAACUUCAAAUAAAUGCUAAAUUGUUGGCUUUAGUGUGUUAUUAGUAUAUAUCUAAAAUUCAGAACAAACAACUGGUUUCGAGAAUAUAAAAAAAGAAUUAAAAUAAAAAAAAAAAUAGAUCAAACAUAAAAUGUUAUACUUAUAAAGCCUUACAAAGUCCUUGACCUUGAUCUUGAAUCUUGGAGACCGCGAGUCUACCGAAAUGAGGCCACGAGGUGACCUCGAGCGCCCGACCCCCA